GGGCCAUGGAAGGCUCCAUGGACUUUCAUACCCCAACAACAUCAUCAUCAUCAUCUUCAUAUAUAAGCUUCACUGUUCGAUGUGGCGCGCAUUGCGCGCAUUGGCGCGCAAACAGCCUUGCACUUCUGGGCGCUGGAACCCCACUGCGCGCAGUGCAUCGUGAGUUGAGACAAUCCAUCCGCACUGCUCGUUUACUGCCUGCCUAUCUGCGUGUGUGCUCGCCACUGCUCGCCAAUGCGUGUGGAAGAGGAACGUAGAGCAGUGAAACCUUGACGGACAUCCCAGGAGACCUAAUCGAUGUGGAUUGUUUGUCGUUUUCUUUUGUUUCUAAUGUAUGCACGGUGAUCGCAGGGAGGAAGCACUGGCUGAAGAAGAAGCUGCGCCAGAGGAAGGGAAACUGCGCAGGCCGCAGCAAGCCAUAGCUGCGCCAGGCAGAGCUAAAGCAGAGGAAGCGGUAAAAAGUGGAACCGCAGCAGAGACAACUGUUGUAGUAGGAACCGCAGCAGAGGCAACUUUCGUAGCAGGGACCGCAACGGAGGCAACUUCCGUAGCAGAAACUGCUGGAGUGAAACCCGGAGUUGAGACAACAGCAGUAGAAACUGCAGCAGUGGAGACCACAGCGGCAGCAGCAGUAGAUACUGCAGCAGUGGAGACCACAGCGGUGGAAGCGGCGGCGGUGGGAACCGCAAUAGUGGGAACUACAUUAGCAGCAGAUGAACAAGCAGUGACAGGACGAGCAGCGGAGGCAACUUCCGAAGCAGAAACUGCUGGAGUGAAACUUGAAGUUGAAACAGCAGCAGUAGAAACUGCAGCAGUGGAGACCACAGCGGUGGAAGCGGCGGCGGUGGGAACCGCAACAGUGGGAACUGCAUUAGCAGCAGAUGAACAAGCUGUGACAGGACGAGCGCGAUGUGGGGAUAAAGAAGAAAGUGGACUUGAAGAGCUCGACCCAUUGACGUUCACGGACUUCCACUGGAUGCCCGUUCCCUCGACCGGACGAUUGCCGAAACCGCAUUGCAAUGUGCUCAUGGCACAACUGCGGGAGUACUUGCACACUGCAGUACCAGCUCCGUUGAUGGACGUCGKAGCAGAGGUUGUCGACCUUCACGCCUACAUCGCGAAGAUCGACCGCGAGUUCAAGACGCAGCGGUACGACGACAUCGACGCACCGUUACUUCACAUCCGCAUUCAGAUUGGACAGGCGACCUGCAGCGCACUAAUCGAUUGCGGAGCGACUSGCAACUACAUCAGCCAGGACUUCAUGGAGCGCGCCGGCCUUGGCCCACGCGUCCGGAGGAAGUCCCAGCCUACGCAAGUCACGUUAGCGGACGGACGCACGCACAAGUCCAUUGACCGGUGCGUAGACAACGUCCCAGUGUACUUUGCCCCUCACGCCAGUGAGGAGGUGUCCUUCGACAUACUGGACACCAAAUUCGRCAUGAUCUUGGGCAUGUCAUGGCUGCGAAGUGAGGACCACCCAGUGAACUUCUACCGCCGCACCGUUCACAUUCGURAUCGGAACGGAGUACUAGUCCCAUGCACGGUGCCGCUUCCUCAUUCUUCUAUCAGCUGUCACGUGRUAUCCGCCGCAAGCAUGCGAGCUUCCAUCAUCAGAGACGACAUUGAGGAGAUGGGGGUAUGUUUUCUCCACGCCCUCCCGCCCCAUGACGCUUCACCGACGGACUCUUCUUCGGAUCCACGCAUCACCGAGCUUCUCGACGCCUACAGCGACGUGUUCGAAGGCCCGCACGGAGUAGUACCGGAUCGACCCAUCCGCCACGAGAUUAUCCUCGARGAAGGGGCCGUACCUCCACGCGGUUGCAUCUACCGAAUGAGCGAGGAAGAGUUAAGUGUGCUUCGUGCACAACUCGACGACCUGCUAGAGAAAGGCUGGAUACGGCCUAGGGGUGCUCCUGUUCUCUUCGUCCGAAAGAAGAACAAGGACCUGCGGUUGUGCAUCGAUUAUCGCAAGCUCAACGCGCAAACGGUCAAGAACGUCGGCCCUCUCCCUCGCAUUGACGAUCUUCUGGAAAGAUUGGGUGGCGCCAAGUUUUUCUCCAAACUGGACCUCAAGUCAGGCUAUCACCAACUCGAGAUUCGGCAAGAGGACCGUUACAAGACCGCAUUCAAGACGCGGUAUGGGCAUUUCGAAUGGCUGGUYAUGCCAUUUGGCCUUACGAAUGCCCCAGCCACCUUCCAAGCGGCUAUGACGGCGGAGUUCCGACACAUGCUCGAUAGGUUCGUACUCAUCUACCUCGACGACAUCUUGGUGUACAGUCGAAGUUUGGAGGAGCACGUGGAGCACCUGCGCACCGUUUUGGAGCGGCUACGACAAGCCAAGUACAAGGCCAACCGCGAUAAGUGCACCCCCAUCGGACCCUCCAACUUGACGGACCGCGUCAACGUCUUGGAAAUCGACGUCGAGACUCUCAAGGACGACACUCUAGCGACAAAUCAGCGGAUUGACCAGCAAAUUUGUGCCGCCGCAGCCAGUCCGACCGCGACUACUCGCGAGAGCAUCCCAAAGUUUGACGGACUGCUGAUCUUCUGUGAUGCAACGAAGACAGACCCGAUUCCAUGGUGGCGCCAGUUCGAGUUGAAGUUGGACAUUCACCACGUCAUCAAGCCGAACCGGCACGCAUACUUAUACUCCCGCUCGGGAGGCACGUGCCAGGCAUGGCUGGACAACAUAUUGUCCACGCACAACGUAACAGUCUCUGAGCUGCAUAUGAAGAUCAGUUGGGCUGCUCUCAAGGCAGCAUGGCAUAAGCGGUUCCAAGUGGAGCCGCCCGAGCUUAAGGGAGCCGGGAAACUUCAGCGGUUCUAUCAGAACGACCUGCCAAGCGCGGACUGGAUAACCGAGUACCAAUGCUUGGCAUCCACGCCCAACUUGUCGUCGACAUUUGUCGCUAUCAAGCACUUCUUCAUCAGGAGGAGCUGUCCGGCGUUGCAGAACGCCUUGACGCAAGUUACGGAGACACUCACCACAAGUGAGCAACUUUUUGAUAAAGCCUCGCAAAGCAUCGUGACGAACAUCGAAGCCAAGAAUUUGGGCCAUUCGUCUGCGGCAGGCCACAACAGAGGAAAGCAUCGACCAAAAGUGGCCGUGGUCACAACAACUACAACGACCGACCCUUCAAACGAGGCUGCCUCUUUUGAGGAAGGAGACAGAUUGGCAGUCGGCCGUGAUGGUGGCCGCCCCGUCAGAGGGCGAGGACGUGGCAAACCGAAGACACACACCAAUUCAGCCCCCGGGGCCGGACCAGCGGCUGGACACAUUACGGUAUUUCAGAAGGCGUGUACCGCAUCCGUACUAAGUACCGAUACUGCUUGUGGUGCAACAAUGUGGUACAAGACACUGCAACGUGCCCCACGCAAGUCAAAGGCAAAUUCCCUUCGGGAAAUCGCCACGACGAUCGAAUCGUCACCUACGGACUUGUCUUCGGACCCCCAAGCGGUGCGGUUGCUCGACGAGUUCACCGACAUCUUCGAGUCUCCUACCAGUGUGGUGCCGGAUCAGCCGAUCUCCCACGAGGACAUUCUUGAGUUCGGUGCCGUGCCACCGAAAGGAUGCAUCUAUCGCAUGAGCGAGGAAGAGCUCGCGGUUCCCCACACGCAACUCGAUGAUCUGUUGGACAAGGGUUGGAUCCGCCCUAGUAGCGCACCAUACGGUGCGCCAGUUCUCUUCGUACGGAAGAAGAACAAGGAUCUUCAUUUGUGCAUCGACUACCGCAAGCUCAAUGCACAAACCGUCAAGAAUGCGGGACCUCUUCCGCAGAUUGACGACCUUCUCGAGCAUUUGGGCGGCGCAAAAUUCUUCUCGAAGUUGGACUUGAAGUCGGGCUAUCAUCAAAUCUCGAUACGCUCGCAAGAUUGCUACAAAUCCGCGUUCAAGACACUGUACGGGCAUUUUGAGUGGAUCGUUAUGCCUUUUGGCCUCACCAAUGCCCCGACGACCUUUCAAGCGGCAAUGACCAACGAGUUUCGUGCGAUGUUGGACCGGUUCGUACUAGUCUACUUAGACGACAUUCUUGUCUAUAGCCGGACAUUGGAGGAUCAUCUUGAGCACCUUCGACGAGUGUUGGAGACGCCCCGCCUCGCCAAGUACAAAACCAACCGUGACAAGUGCGAAUUUGUCCGGCAAGAGCUGAAAUACUUUAGCCAUUUUGUCACACCGGAGGGCAUCAGGCCGUUGUCGGACAAGAUUCAAGCCAUCCAAGAGUGGUGGGAGCCGAAGACCGUCAUAAAUGUUCGUUCCUUCCUUGGCUUAGCCGGCUACUAUCAACGCUUCAUCAAGGGAUACUCGAAGAUCGCGACUCCUUUAUCCAAGCUUCAAUGCGAGUACCGGCCAUUCGACUUCGAUGACAAUGCGCGGACUUCCUUUUUGGCUCUCAAAGCCGCAUUGCUAUCUGCAGAAGUGUUGCGCAUUUACGAUCCGCUUCUGCCGACACGUGUCACAAUUGAUGCGUUCGGCUAUGGCAUUGGUGCCGUCCUCGAGCAACAUGACGGUGUGGACUGGCACCCGAUUGAGUACUUUAGCAAGGAAGUGCCCGUCGUGCACUCGAUUGACGACGCACAAAAGAAGGAAUUAUUGGCCUUCGUACACUCGCUUAAGCACCGACGACAUUUUCUUCUUGCUCGACGACAGUUCCGAUGGGUAACGGAUAACAAUCCAUUGGUCUUCUACAAGACCCAAGACACGGUCAAUAGCACCAUUGCCCGUUGGAUGACCUUCAUCGACCAGUUUGACUUUUUCCCUAACCACAUUCCGGGCAAGUCAAACCGUUUUGCGGAUGCUCUUUCACAGCGUCCGGACCAUUGUACCGCAGUCUACUCAACUUUGAGAUUAACGACAACUUGCGGGACAGCUUCAUCCGCGGCUAUCAAGUCGAUCCCGAGUUUUGCGACAAGUACGCAAAUUGCGCCUCUCCUAAUCCGGCGCCAUCACACUGUCGGAUCCAAGAGGGGUACUUGCUCCCGCCAUUGGACACUUUGGAGUCAAAUCGUACGAUUGGCCGACUCCGCGAGCGCUUUUGGUGACCUGGUCUUCUCGAGGACGUCACACGCUAUUGCGAGUCAUGCGAGGUUUGCCGACGUUGCAAAUCCCGCAAUCAUCGUCCGUACGACGAGUUGCGACCGUUACCGGGCCCCUUGCGGCGAAGGGAAGUGAUUGUCGUGGACAUUACCCGCCCGUUCCCCAAGCACAAGACCGGAGUGGAUGAGAUUCUCACGGUGUUCGACCGA